AGAGGGGAAUGAGAGGGUGGGGAACGUCCACGUCAACGCGUGGAAAAGUUGUCACGUGACUUUUUAACAAUUCUUUCCGGCUUUAUGGACUUGAGAGUUCUGUCUUAGUUUAUGUUGCUGACGAGUGACUACAAUUAGACACCGAAAUUAACCAUGGCCAUUCGAUUUCUGGAGUUUGUGAAGCCCUUUUGUGUGGUCCUUCCUGAAAUAGCUAAACCAGAUAGAAAGAUUCAGUUUAGAGAAAAGGUUCUAUGGACAGCUAUCACAUUAUUCGUGUUUUUAAUUUGCUGCCAGAUUCCCUUGUUUGGCAUUGUGUCAUCAGAUUCAGCUGAUCCAUUUUAUUGGAUAAGAGUUAUCCUUGCCUCCAACAGAGGAACUUUGAUGGAACUUGGUAUCUCUCCAAUUGUGACUUCAUCUUUGAUCAUGCAACUUUUAGCUGGUGCCAAAAUUAUUGAAGUUGGAGACACACCUAAAGACAGGGCAUUGUUCAAUGGCGCUCAGAAAUUAUUUGGCAUGGUGAUAACUGUGGGCCAAGCCAUUGUCUAUGUCAUGACUGGCAUGUAUGGUGACCCUGCUGAUAUUGGUGCUGGUGUUUGCUUGCUGAUCAUUAUACAGCUUUUUGUUGCUGGUAUUGUGGUCUUACUUCUGGAUGAGUUACUGCAGAAAGGUUAUGGACUUGGCUCAGGAAUUUCUCUCUUUAUUGCAACAAAUAUCUGUGAAACAAUUGUCUGGAAAGCCUUUAGCCCAGCAACAGUUAAUACAGGACGUGGUACUGAAUUUGAAGGUGCAGUGAUUGCUCUAUUCCAUUUAUUGGCCACAAGACAGGAUAAAGUCAGGGGUCUCCGUGAAGCAUUUUACAGACAAAAUCUGCCCAAUUUAAUGAAUCUAUUGGCUACAGUUCUAGUCUUUGGCAUAGUGAUAUACUUCCAAGGCUUCAGGGUGGACCUUCCAAUCAAGUCUGCAAGAUAUAGAGGGCAACAAACAUCUUAUCCUAUCAAGUUGUUUUAUACAUCUAACAUACCAAUUAUUCUACAGAGUGCACUAGUGUCUAACCUGUAUAUGAUUUCUCAGAUGUUGGAUAACAAGUUUAAAGGAAAUUUCUUUGUUAACCUUUUAGGAGUUUGGGCUGAUGUCGGUGGUGGUGGACCUGCAAGAUCAUACCCUAUUGGUGGAUUAUGUUACUACUUUUCUCCACCUGAGACAUUAGGUCAUAUUUUAGAAGAUCCUGUGCAUGCAGUCCUUUACAUUGUCUUCAUGUUGGGAUCUUGUGCUUUCUUCUCUAAGACUUGGAUUGAUGUAUCUGGAUCAAGUGCUAAAGAUGUUGCUAAGCAGCUAAAGGACCAGCAAAUGGUGAUGAGAGGUCAUCGAGAGAAAUCAAUGAUCAAGGAAUUGAAUCGCUAUAUUCCCACAGCUGCAGCUUUCGGUGGUUUGUGUAUUGGAGCACUGUCUGUCUUGGCUGAUUUCUUGGGUGCCAUUGGAAGCGGAACUGGAAUUCUUUUGGCUGUGACUAUAAUCUAUCAGUACUUUGAAUAUUUUGUGAAAGAACAGAGUGAAAUGGGUGGAAUGAGCACGCUACUCUUUUAAAUUUGUAACAUUGUCUGAUACUAGUUCUUACUAUUAAUAGAAAUAUCCUGUCAUAUGAAUGAAUUCAAUGUUUUUCUGUUGAUUUGCUUGGUUUAUUUUUGGGGUUAAUGUUGAGAAAGUGGCUGUUGCUGUUGUGAGUGCUUCAUAUUUGACAUUUAAUCUUAUGGUCUAAAAGGAACACAAAUAUUGGCACAAUCAAAACUAGAGUUAUUUUUCGUGCAGUGCAGGAAAAGAAGUCUUGCACUCGGAAAGUGAUUGUACUGUGAGCAGCUGUAUUUGUGUAUUUGAUUUACUUUGAAGUAAUAGUGUUUUUAAAAGUGGCAAGAUUUGUACUCAUUUUAAGGGUAUAGAAUCUCACAUCUUCAUUAACUGUUUAGCACUGACACAGAAAUUGAGAUUUCAUUGUAUAAUCUGCUGCUGUUUCUUCUGAGUUCACCACAUUAACAAUAGUGUACUGGACUUAAAAUUGAGCAUGUACAUUAUUAGAGAUUUCCCCACCUUGAAUUGACCACUGUAUAGUAUAGUCCUACAAUUCUUUGUAUUUCUGAGUUUCAAGUAAGGUGUGUGAUAGAAUCAUGGAGUGUGAGAAUAUCAGUCAAUAGAAGGUGACAUUUACGAAUGAUUUUAAUAAAAAUAUUUAUGUUACAAAAAA